AACGUCAGCGCUGUCAUUUUUCUACACGUUCUCUGUCGUUCAUUACUAUUUUGCAAGUGACCGGUGUUUAUAUUAUAAUAUAUUUAUUACAAAAUGGUCUAUUCCACAUGGAUCAAUCAAUUAUAUUCAAUAUGUGUGAUAUUUUGUUCUUUCGUAAUAUACGCACAAUCUGAUGUGCCGAGACCUCGAGGUGUAUCUUUAUCUAAAGCGUCUUUAUAUUCGCCGACAAAAGAUUUCACCUGCUUCGAUGGAACAAUUACUAUACCCUUCAGUUACGUAAAUGACGAUUACUGCGACUGCUUUGACGGUAGCGAUGAGCCAGGCACUUCGGCUUGUCUAAAUGGCGUUUUCCAUUGUACAAACGCCGGUCAUCGGCCGCAGAAUAUUCCCAGUUCGCGGGUCAACGACGGUGUGUGCGACUGUUGUGAUGGCACCGAUGAGUACGCCAACCCUGAAAUAUGCUCCAACACUUGUGAAGAACUCGGCAAAGAAGCAAGGGCCGAAGCCCUAAGGUUAGCCGAGUUGUACAAAGCUGGUGGCCAUCUAAGAUUAGAACUUAUAGAAAAAGGUAACAAAAAACGAAAUGAAAUGGCAGAACAGUUGUCUCAAUUAGAGAAUGACAAAACUGAGGCUGAGAAAAUCAAGGCUGAAAAAGAAACACUUAAAAAUGAUCUAGAAGCCAAAGAAAAUGAUGCUCUUAAAGUGUAUAGAGAAGCAGAAGAGCUAGAAAAACAGAAGAAAUUAGAAGAAGAGAGAGAGAAAACAGUCAAAGAAGCUAUGGAACAUUUUGAAAGAUUUGAUUCUAACAGUGAUGGUGAGUUAACUGUUGAUGAGAUAAAAGUGGCUAAUGUAUUUGAUAAAAAUAAGGAUGGUGAAGUAGAUGAGGAAGAAGUACAGUUCUUCUUUGAAGGCCAUGAGAAAAUGGAUAAAGAAAACUUUGUAACAACAACCUGGCCUUUACUGAAACCAUUGUUAAUGAUGGAGCAAGGUAUGUUCAAACCUGCUGAUGAUGAAGAAAAGGAUCCUGAUGUAGAUGGAGAAGCUGAAGAACACCAAGCCGAUCUGGAUUCUGAAUAUGAAGGCAAUGAGGAAGAUGCCGGUGACUUAGAACUACAAGAGGAUAAUGAAGAGCAAGAAUCAGAUUCUGAACAUUCCUCCACAUAUGAUGAAGAAACUCAAAAACUUGUUGAUGAGGCCACAGAGGCACGCCGCCAAUACACAGAUGCAGAGCGCACUGUCAGAGAAAUUGAAUCAAACAUCAGAAACAUCAAACAAAACUUAGAGAAAGAUUAUGGUCUACAACAGGAGUAUGCCACACUGGAUGGCCAGUGCUUCGAAUAUGAGGAUAAAGAAUAUGUUUAUAAACUGUGCAUGUUCCAGAAAGUUACACAAAAGUCUAAGAACGGUGGUGCGGAAAUAGGCCUUGGUAACUGGGGUGAAUGGGCUGGUGGAGACCUCAAUAAAUACUCUGCUAUGAGGUAUACUAAUGGAGUAGCUUGCUGGAAUGGUCCUAGCAGGAUGACCACUGUUAACAUCAACUGUGGCCUAGAAACAAAUAUUCUGUCUGUAACAGAACCAUUCCGCUGUGAAUAUAAGAUAGAACUUAGUACUCCAGCUGCAUGUGAUGAAUCAAGUCCAACACAACAACACUCCUCACAUGAUGAACUUUGAAAUAUUUCAGUGUGUCUUCACACCUUCUGUAAUGUGUUAAACACUUAAGAUAAACUAAUUUUAACUCAGUCAAGAAUCACUAUUUGUUUCCAUGAAGACAGUAUGUCUCAAUUCAUUGUCAGAAUAUAUGUGAUGUUGAUUUCCUAUAAUGUUAAUGUCUGUAGAUUUUCACUUAUAAGUAGUAUAAGUAGGAAACUUGACACUACCUAACAGUUUUUUUUAUUUAUUAUAAGUCACAGAUGUGACAAAUUAUGAAUUCCUUUGCAAACUUCAUUUGUAGCACAAUAUCUGGCAAUAUCUUUUGAAGUUAAGACUGAAGUAUUUAAAAAUCGUAAUGGUCUGCACAUUCCUCAAAUACAAGGCUGUUUUAGUUCAAGUAAAAGAAAUUUUGAAUGGUAAGAACAAAACAUUGUGAGUGA